AUGUUGAAUUAUUCAAUAAUAAUUUUUUAUUUAUCUUUUUUAAUAAAUAGCAUUAAUUUAAAAACAGAGAAAUUUUCUACAACAUGGAGAAUACUAGCAGAACACCAAGCGGCGAUUCCCUUGAUCAGAACAGCGAGAUCUACUAGUGGUAUGCAAGGUUCUUUGAGUAGAUGGUUACAGUCUAUUGAAGAAGAAUUUUUUAAUAAUAUAGAAAUACUUAGAAGUAAUUCAACGGGAACUGAUGAUGCAAUUCAAUGGGUGAAAGAUAAAACUAAGAUUCUUUUGAGAGCAUUGAAUUCUACUGAAAAUUCUCAUGAUAAAAGUUUAUUAAGUCAAACUUACAGUUCAUGGAAUAAUCUUACAAAAAGCCUUCUAAAUUUUACAUUGGAUUUUGAUUUUAAUGACGGAUUAUCCACUGGUAAUUCUUCUGGCAGUAUCAAUUUAUUAAAUACGUCUACGCCUUCAUCCACAUCAUCGUCAUUUUCCACAAGUGGUGUAGCUCAAGAGUCCUCUUUAGGAUAUAGAAUGUCUGAGGCAUGUUCAGGGAAUUUUUGUGGAUCAACAAUUACCACUGGUCUAUCUCUUCCUUUUGUUAUUAUUGGAGGUUUACUUUUUUUUGCAUAUCUUUAUAAGUUUACCCGUAUUGGAUCGUUUCUUGGAAGAAGUGAUAUAAAAAAAGAAAGAAGAAAAAGAAAGAUAUAUAAUGGGUCAAUGGAAAAUAUUGAGGAUCCUUAUGAAAGUUCAGAAGAAACAAAUUCUAUGAAUAGUAUAUUAGAAAGUUCAGAAGAAACAGAAGCUAAGAAAAGUAGAUUAGAAAGUUCAGAAGAAACAGAAGCUAAGAGAAGUAGAUUAGAAAAUUCAGAAGAAACAGGAGAUAAGAGUAAAUUUAACAGCUUACUUAAGGCAGUUGGAUACAAAUACAGAAAGAUCUUUCCUUAUAUAGAUAGUGGUUUAUAUGGAAAUGAAAACGUAUAA